AUGUUGUUGUGGCGAGUUGUUGGACGAAACGGGGACCGCGCUGCCCAUUUGCAUGUCUCGACUUUUGCACUGCUUGGCAUGUUCCCGCCCUUCGCGGAGAUAUUUCUGGGUCGAAUGGAAGACAACAGCUGGUUGCUGCCGCACUUGCUUGCCAGCAUGGCGAACUGCUGCCUGACCGCUUACGUGCUGCAACGCGCUGCAGCCGUUAGCCAGCAGAAGGAAAGCGCUGCUGUGAGUGUCGGCAGUUUUCAGUGGGCGCUGUCUUGGUUUGCGAAAUGGCACCAGCACCUCUUGCCGAAGGUGUUUACGUGGGUGGCGUUUGUGUGA